AUGCCGCACUCAAGUCUCUUUCGUUCGGAAGAGAUGUCUCUCAUCCAACUCUAUAUACCUCAAGAAACUGCUCCAUAUACUGUGGCAGAAUUAGGAGAGUUGGGUUUGAUUCAAUUUAGAGAUUUGAAUCCUGAUGUCAAUGCAUUUCAACGUGCUUACGUCAAAGAAAUUAGACGUCUCGAUGAAAUGGAAAGACAUUUGCGUUUUUUUGCUGCUCAAAUGGCAAAAUCCGAUAUCGAAAUUAUUGGAGAUGCAACAGGUGCUCGAGCAAAAAGUGCUACAGAAAUUGAUGAACUUGAAGAAAAGAUUAAAGAACAUGAGCGACAUAUUACACAAAUGAAUGAUUCUUAUGAAAAAUUACAAAAACGAUAUUUGGAAUUGACUGAAGCGAGACAUGUAUUACAAGAAACAGCUGAAUUCUUUGAAGAAGCAGUAUCUCGUCAAGAUGAUAUACGAAAUUCUUUUGACGAACCUACAGCUCCUUUAUUGGAACAUCAAGAUCUUGAACAAGGAGAACCAAUUGCAUUUAGCAAUCUUAAUCUUGGAUUUGUGGCAGGAGUUAUUUCCCGAGCAAAAAUGCAAACCUUUGAACGUAUUCUGUGGCGAGCAUUGCGUGGAAAUUUAUAUUUAAAUUAUGCGGAAAUUGAUGAACCAAUAACUGAUCCAGAAACAGAUGAAGUUCUUGAAAAAAAUGUGUUUAUUAUAUUUGCUCAUGGUCGAGAACUUAUAAACAAGAUUAGAAAAAUCUCAGAAUCUUUAGGGGCCACACUUUAUAAAGUGGAUGAUAAUCCUGAUCAAAGAAAAAAAAGUUUAAAGGAGAUUACUGAUCAAAUAGAAGAUCAUAAUUCGGUAUUGUUGAAUACCAAAAAUGCUAGAAGAUCAGAAUUAAUUAAAAUUGCGGAAGAUUUAUCGAUUUGGAUGACUAUUGUAAAGAAAGAAAAAGCUAUUUAUCAUAAUAUGAAUUUAUUUAUUUAUGAUUCGAAUCGAAAGUGUUUAAUUGCGGAGGGCUGGUGUCCUACCAAUGACCUUGAUCAAAUUAAACAAACUCUUAAAGCUGCAACUGAUAUGUUAGGUUCAACAGUUCCAUCAAUUUUGAAUGAACUUGCUACAACAAAGGAACCACCAACUUUCCACCGAACAAAUAAAUUUACUGUCGGAUUUCAAGAAAUAGUUGAUGCAUACGGAGUUGCUAGAUAUCGAGAAGUCAAUCCGGGAUUAUUUACCGUAAUCACAUUUCCAUUUUUAUUUGCUGUAAUGUUUGGAGAUUGUGGUCAUGGGGUUUUGAUUUUAGAAAUGUUCUUUGGUGGACGAUAUAUAAUUUUAUUGAUGGGUUUAUUCUCUAUAUAUACCGGGUUAAUUUACAAUGAUAUGUUUUCGAGAACACUUAAAUUGUUUCCAUCAGGAUUUGUAUGGCCCCUUAAUCAGACAGGGGUAAUUGAAGCACGACAAGCAUGGCACGGUACCGAUAAUUAUUUAUUAUUUACUAAUUCUUAUAAAAUGAAAAUGUCCAUCAUUUUGGGAGUAAUUCAGAUGAGUUUUGGUAUAAUUCUCACAAUUUAUAAUUACACAUAUUUUAAAAAAACAAUAAGCAUAUAUGCAGAAUUUAUUCCUCAAAUGUUAUUUAUGCAAAGUAUAUUUGGAUAUUUAGUUUUUACAAUAAUUUAUAAAUGGUCAAUUGAUUGGUAUGAGAAGGAUACAGAAGGGAAUGCACUUCGUAAUAGUCCACCGGGAUUAUUAAAUAUGUUGAUUUAUAUGUUUUUACAACCUGGAACUGUUUCUGAAACAACUCUUCUCAUAAUUGCUUUGAUUUGUAUUCCAUGGAUGUUAUUCGUAAAACCAUUUAUUUUAAGACAAGAAUAUAAAAAAAUUCGUACACAAGGAUAUCAUAAUCCACAAACUGAUGCCACACGUAUUUCAACUGAUGAAGAUAAUGAAUAUGGUGGAGCAGUUGUUGCGGAAGAAAUGCUUGAAAUAGAAGAAUUUGAUUUUGGUGAAAUUAUAGUACAUCAAGUUAUACAUACUAUAGAAUUUUGUUUAGGUUGUAUUUCAAAUACUGCAAGUUAUCUUCGAUUAUGGGCUUUAAGUUUAGCUCACGCUCAGUUAUCAGUAGUAUUAUGGGACAUGACGCUUAAACCAACGCUUCAUAUGAAAGGAGUAUUUGGAAUUAUUGCCUUCAUUAUAGCGCUUACUUUGUGGUUUUGUUUGACGAUUGGAAUUUUAUUAUUGAUGGAAGGUUUAUCAGCAUUUUUGCACGCUUUACGUUUGCAUUGGGUCGAAUUUAACGGCAAAUUUUAUGAGGGUACUGGUAGAAAAUUUGAGCCAUUUUCAUUUGAAAUAUUAUUGAAGCGUGAAGAAUAA